AUGCCGGGCCUCAGCAGGGCCGCCCUGUACAGCCGCCUCCAGGAGUUCCUGCUCAGCCAGGACCAGCUCAAGGAGAACGGCUACCCCUUCCCGCACCCCGAGCGGCCCGGAGGCGCCGUCCUCUUCACUGGCCAGGGGAAGGGGCCCGGCGACUCCUCCUGCAGGGUCUGCUGCCGUUGUGGCACCGAGUACCUGGUGUCCUCCUCGGGCCGCUGUGUACGUGACCAGUUGUGUUAUUAUCACUGGGGGCGGGUCCGCUGCAGCCAGGUGGCUGGAGGCCGGGUUAGCCAGUACACCUGCUGUGCAGCUGCUCCUGGCUCUGUGGGCUGCCAGGUGGCAAAGCAGCACGUGCGGGACGGCCGCAAGGACAGCCUCGAUGGCUUCGUGGAGACCUUCAAGAAAGAGUUGUCCAGAGACGCUUAUCCAGGAAUCUACGCCUUGGACUGUGAGAUGUGCUACACCACGCAUGGCCUAGAGCUGACCCGCGUCACCGUGGUGGACGCCGACAUGCGAGUGGUGUACGACACCUUCGUCAAGCCCGACAACGAGAUCGUGGACUACAACACCAGGUUUUCCGGAGUCACCGAGGCCGACGUCGCCAAGACGAGCAUCACCUUGCCCCAAGUCCAAGCCAUCCUGCUGAGCUUUUUCAGCGCCCAAACCAUCCUCAUCGGGCACAGCCUGGAGAGCGAUCUGCUGGCCCUGAAGCUCAUCCACAGCACCGUGCUGGACACGGCCGUGCUCUUCCCGCACUACCUGGGUUUCCCCUACAAGCGUUCCCUCAGGAAUCUCGCGGCCGACUACCUGGGACAGAUCAUCCAGGACAGCCAGGACGGCCACAACUCCAGCGAGGACGCAAACGCCUGCCUGCAGCUGGUGAUGUGGAAGGUCCGACAGCGCGCCCAGAUCCAGCCACGCCACCGGUCCGCCUCUCCCGCCGCCCUGGCC